UCUUGAGCAAAGGGAAAGGAAUCUCAGGAACUCGGUACUCCUUCUCCCUUCGCUCAACUUCAAACCGCUCAGUUCUCCUCUCUCUCUCUCUGCUCCGCACAGCUCCUCUUUCUCAGGAAUCUCGUCUCUCUUCGGCUUCCGUGUCUCAGGGAAAGUUGGAGACAACGAAGAAGUUCAAGACCCAGUAGUUGCUUGUUGGAGCUUGAUUCCUGGGCUUUGAGAAUCGAGAUGUGACAAAAAAAAGCACCUGAAAGAGUGAAUUAAGGAGGUACUUUUGCAGGAUGAAUUAAGGAGAUCCUCUCACUGAGCGCCUCUUCUUUGUUCUCUACUUAGUUGACGAUGGAUUCUAACCAAGCUGCGAAGCAGCAUAGCCUACUUGGCUCUGAAGCUGCCUCUGAAAGAACUCUGUACCCAUAUGUUACUGGGACGUCUGUAGUUGCUCUCAAAUACAAAGAUGGAAUUCUUAUGGCUGCUGAUAUGGGAGGUUCCUAUGGGUCUACCCUGCGAUACAAGAGUGUGGGGCGAUUGAAGGCUGUUGGAAAACAUUCUCUUCUUGGCGCAAGCGGGGAAAUAAGUGACUUUCAGGAGAUUUUACGUUAUCUCGAUGAGCUUAUCCUGUAUGACAACAUGUGGGAUGAUGGGAAUUCUUUUGGGCCUAAAGAGGUGCACAGCUAUUUAACUCGUGUGAUGUAUAAUAGGCGUAACAAGUUUGACCCACUGUGGAACUCACUUAUUCUGGGUGGAGUGAAAAAUGGUCAGAAGUACCUUGGCAUGGUUAGCAUGAUAGGUGUAAAUUUUGAGGAUAACAAUGUAGCAACUGGGUUUGGAAAUCACCUCGCACGACCUAUUCUUCGUGAUGAGUGGCAUGAGAACUUGAGUUUUGAAGAUGGUGUCAAGUUACUGGAGAAAUGUAUGCGUGUACUUCUAUAUCGUGAUCGGUCUGCUGUCAACAAGCUUCAGAUAGCAAAGAUCACAGAAGAAGGUGUAACUAUUUCACCACCGUACGCAUUGAAGACAUUCUGGGGAUUUUCUGCUUUCGAGAACCCAACAGUGGGUGCCGAGGGAUCGUGGUAAGCCACAACAAGAGCUAGAUGGAGCUGGCUGGCUCUCACGUUUGUUAGAACUUUUGCUUGAGUUACUUGUAAUUGUUGGGACUUUCAAGUUAAACAUCAUAGGCUGUACCUUCAUGUCACUAAUAGUAUAAUUUGACAAGCGUUUUUAAUCACAAGAAUUUGGCACUUUGUUUCUCA